CGCAACGCUUCCUGGUCAACUACAAAUGGAACAUUCGUGUUGUUUUAAACCUGAGCUGCGGUGGGAAACCUGUCAAAAGGGGUCGAAAUGUUGCUCAGAAGUGAUUGCAGCUUGGCUGUGGUGGUCCUGCUUUGCCUGUGUGCAACUGCGACAUGUACAUUUUCCACUUUGGACCACCUCAAGCCGCAAACCAGCGACAAGACGCAGGGCAGAGCUGUGAUCGAGUUGCUGAGACGCCUGCUCGGAAACAGAUCAACGGAGUUCAUCGUCAUCGUGAACAGGAACAUUUCCAACGAUAGCCUGGAUGUGUGCGAGCUCAGGUCGACCAAAAACAACAAGAUAGUCGCCACCGGUAACACCGGGGUGUCAGUGGCCUCAGGGAUUUACAACUACUUGAAAUACUUUUGUAACUGUCACGUUUCCUGGUCCGGUGACCAACUGGCUCUACCUCGUCCUCUACCUAAACUGUCCGGUGUCCUCCGCAUCAAUACUCAGCACAGGUUCCGCUACUACCAGAAUGUAUGCACUGUAAGCUAUUCCUCGGUGUGGUGGGACUGGCCAAGAUGGGAAAGAGAGAUUGACUGGAUGGCGCUUAAUGGAAUCAAUCUUCCACUGGCUUUCACUGGCCAAGAGGCGCUGUGGCAAGAGGUUUACCGUGCCCUUGGUUUAAACCAGUCAGAAAUUGAAGAGUUCUUCUCCGGACCAGCGUUUCUUGCAUGGAACCGCAUGGGAAACAUGUUCAAGUUUGGGGGGCCUCUGCCGCAGUCCUGGCAUGUGAACCAGCUUUACCUCCAAUUUAAAAUUUUGGAGCGAAUGAGAUCUUUUGGCAUGAUUCCAGUGCUGCCAGCCUUCUCUGGGAACAUCCCCAAGGGAAUUUUAAGGUUGUAUCCAGAAGCCAAUGUAACACGGUUGGGGCCCUGGGCUCACUUCAACUGCAGUUUCUCAUGCUCCUACAUCCUGGAUCCCCGGGACCCACUUUUCCUCCAGAUUGGAUCUCUCUAUCUGUCCCAGGUGGUGAAGCAAUUUGGCACAGACCACAUCUACAACACAGACACCUUCAACGAGAUGACUCCACCUUCCUCAGACGCUGCCUACCUGUCGGCAGUCAGUCAGUCCGUCUUUGCCUCCAUGACUGCAGUUGAUCCUCAGGCAAUUUGGCUGAUGCAGGGAUGGUUGUUCUUUAGUGAUGCAGCUUUCUGGAAGCCUGCCCAGAUUCAGGCCCUACUACACGGGGUGCCCCUUGGACGGAUGAUCGUGCUAGAUUUGUUUGCAGAGACCGAGCCAAUUUUCUCCUACACUGAAUCUUUCUACGGGCAGCCUUUCAUCUGGUGCAUGCUGCAAAACUUUGGUGGCAACAGCGGCCUCUUUGGCACAGUGGAGAGUGUCAACUCGGGGCCUUUCAAAGCCUUGCACUUCCCCAACUCCACCAUGGUGGGCAUCGGUAUGACCCCGGAGGGCAUUGAGCAGAAUCCCGUCAUGUAUGAGUUAAUGAGCGAACUAGCUUGGCGUAAAGAGCCGGUCAACUUGGCGAAGUGGGCGUCUCUGUAUGCUGUUCGCCGUUACGGCACGACGCAAGACAGUUUGAUUGCAGCAUGGAGACUCCUGUUUUCCAGCGUCUACAACUGCACGGUACCGCACUACCGGAAUCAUAACCACAGCCCGCUGGUGCACAGGCCUUCUCUUCAUAUGAAUACUGACCUUUGGUACGAUCCAGAAGACUUGCUCCAAGCCUGGAAACUGAUUAUGGAGGCUUCGCCUUCUCUCAUGUCAAAGGAGACCUUCAGGUAUGACCUUGUGGAUGUGACUCGGCAGAUCUUGCAAGUUCUAACGACAUCCUUCUACCUGGACAUCACGGAUGCCUUUCAUAAACAGCAGUUGCCAGAACUGCUAAUUACAGGCGGGGUCCUCAUCUACGACCUCUUGCCGGAGCUCAACCGUUUGCUUUCUAGCGAUCGCAACUUCCUGUUGGGAACAUGGCUGGAGCGGGCUAAGUCGUUGGCAAUUGAUGAUGAGGAGGCCCAACUCUACGACAUGAACGCCAGGAACCAGCUCACUCUGUGGGGCCCCAGUGGAGAAAUCCAGGACUAUGCCAGCAAAGAGUGGGGCGGCCUCAUGGAGGACUACUACGCUCAGCGAUGGGGACUGUUUGUCCAAACACUUGUGGAGUGUCUGGACAGUGGGCAGCCGUUUAGCCAGGACACUUUCAACAAGGCUGUUUUCCAAAUAGAGAAGGGAUUCAUUUACAACGGACGAAAGUAUUCCACUAAGCCCCAGGGCGAUACGUACGAGAUCGCUCGCAGGAUCUUCCUAAAGUACUACCCACAGGCCUUCAAAACCUUGAAAAGACUAUCAUGAUUCGCAGAGACUACAUUUUAGAAAUAUGUGUCCGUUGCAAGAACAUUGUCAAUUCUCUUGGGAAUAGGUAUCCCAAAAUUUCUGAUUCAGAAAAUCAUGUUUUUGUCAAUUCAGUCAACUCUUUCUUGGAGUAUCUUAAACGCAGAGGCAAAGGAGAUCCUUGCGAAUAUGCUGCCUCAUCUGUAGGUAUCUGCGGUUUUCAUUCAAGACAUUUGGAAGAAAGAUCAUUCAUCUUCGGCAGCCUAAGUAGGGAAACCCAGACUUCCCUCUCCCCGGCUACUUCGUCCAGCUCCUCCCGGCGGAUCCCGAAGCAUUUCCAGGCCAGUUGAGAGACAUAGUCUCACCAACGUCUCCUGGGUCUUCCCCGAGGCCUCCUACCGGUCGGCCGCACCCUGAACACCUCCCCAGGGAGGAGUCUCGGAGGCAUCCUGACCAGGUGCCCGAGCCACCACAUGUGGUUCCUCUCAAUGUGGAGGAACAGCGGUUCUACUCCUAGUUUCUCCCAGAUGACAGUGCUUCUCUCCUUAUUUCUAAAGCAGAGCCCAGCCACCCUGCGGAGAAAACUUUAUUAGAUAAUAAUAUGACUCUCUCAUUUUGACAUUUAGGAUAACAUCAACCGUAAAGAUCCUAUUCUGUUAGCAAAUGCCUAAUGUCUGGUGCUUUGGGGAUUGGUAUGCCCCUUUUCCACUGUGCCAGAACCACUUACUACCAGGUCUUACAAGUAUUUCUAGUACCUGGUCAGCCAAGUUUCCAAGCAGGCCGAACCAAGACUCAGGUUAGAAGUGACAAAAACAAACACACAUGCUAACAUUAGUUUAGCCUGUUGCCUUUUCUUGGGGGCUAUCCACACAAACGUUUUCAGGUCAAAGCGGCAAAGUAUUUGAUCAUUUCAACUGCCUGGGAACGGCGUUUUGGGUGGCCUGAAACUGUAUUUUUUUUAAUUUUUUUUUAACUGUUUCCAGAGUGGGAAAAUAUGAAAACGCCAGCUUGUCGUUGCCGUGUAGACAGGCAAUGCGAGAAUGAUGACGUCACGUGACCAGAAGUGAGCUUUGACGACAAGCCAACAUAUGUGAAUAUUUUGACGGACAUGACUCACGUUUAGUCAACAUUCUCCUGAUAUUUUGUUGUCUUACACUCCAUAAUGACUCGCAGAAGAAGACUACGGAUUGACGCGCAUUCAUUCUAUCUUCUUCUAUGGUUUGGAGUGUCACGUGGUUCCGUCUGCGUGCCUGUUUACAGCGCCACAUGUAGGUGUGCCUUGUGUAUUACAUCAUUUUCACUUGGAUUAUCUGUUCCCGUCUGGAUGCAACUAUAUACUAAUCCGGCACAGUGUGAACGAGACUUUUUUUUUUUAACCCGCCAAAAAAAAAAAAAAAAUUCUAAGAACAUUCCCGUGUGGACAUGGCCUUGGUUCUGGCUUUGGAGACCCCGCCAGACUACUUGCAAUUAUGGCGUGUGCCAUUGAAGUACAGAAUAAAUGUCAUGUACUGUGCGUAAGUUGUUUUAAACUUGUUUUUCAAUUAAAUGUUUUUUCUGUAUCAUGGGAUACACACUUUCUUUGUUUGCCACUAGCAAAAAGCUUGUGUCCCCCCCCACAAAUCAUUGUACAAAACAGCGUAGUCUUGGUCACCGGCAUUAAUUUGUUCCAGAAGGUUCACCUCUAACCAGAGCGGAUGUUAACUGAAUCAGUUUUUCCCAUAAGAAAUGAUGUAAAUCCAAUUAAUCCGUUCCAAAAAGCCAAAGAUGUUAACAUAAAACACGUAUAUAGAUAUGCAUAUAUAUACCGUACGUAUAAAUGCUGAAUGUAAGGGACAAGUGAACAUUUAAGGUUACUUUGACCUUCAUUGAAGACGUGACUCUUGACGUGAUUGAAAACGGGAAGGUGGUGGUGGUGGCUGAUCUCGCUGUCACAUUGUGUCUAUGGAAAUAUUAACCUUCAAUGAAGGUAAAAGUAUCAUUUAGGCCCAUUCAGGACUUUCAUUUGUCAUUUACAUGCAUUUGGAAUUGUUGUAUGCAUGUCAAACUGUGUGUUAACAUUUUUGAGAGCCAACCGCUGAUGACGUCAUAGACGGGCGACGUAACGUAGCGACUUCCGGUUGCCAUCUUGUUUAGCUAGCUAAUACGAUGCUAACAAAGAAGGACGUUUUGUGAUUUAAAAAAAAAAAAAAAAACAGAACGCAGAUGGACUCACGCUGUGUAUUAAUAACCGGACAAGAUAUGCGCUGGAUUGUUUGCUAACCAGAAAAUGUAUGUAAACCGGGGCAAAAUCGUGGCAUCAGUUUUUGAUGUUAAUUGAAAAAACACGCUAACCGUGGCGGAUGCUGACCAAGGUUAUAGGUGGGGGUAUGUUUUUUUUUUUUAUUUUUUUUUUUUUAAACCUUGACACACUGCACAGAUCACUUUAUUAAUACUCCAAAAAAUGCAACAAUCAGCCAAUAUUCACAUUUUAAACAUUCCGAUGUUCCCUAAUGCUUUUUGUAUUACAUUUUCAUGGUGGACCUAUACAGUUAAUUCCCAGCUGUGCCUUCUAGAGACAAUUCAUAUAUUUAUAUGUAUAAAUGAUUUCAUGUGUACACUUAUUGGGAAGUGUUUAGUUUUUCAAAUGUUUUCUUGUUAGUUUUAGUAAUGUAGCGGACAGAUGUUGAUUUUUAUAAAUGUUAUUUUUGUAUUUGGGAUGAAAUGUAUUUGUUGAACUCAGGCAUGUCAUCAAAGUCUUAAAGCCUUGUGACUAAUACAGUGAUUUUAUUCUCCACCUGUGUGAUGUUCAAGUGCUCUUGAGUUACUAGCGACAUCCAUGCGUUGCACAGUACAGCUCAACAGGGGAUUGCUUGAAAGGAUGCAAGGGCCACUUUGAUAUUGUGUCAAGCGACACAUGCAGAUAUGGGAAAAAGUUAUGUAUAUUUCAAGAAAAAACGGCAUCUCAGCUUUGUGAUAUAGUUGAAAAAGCGUAUGAUUAGUAUCAACUUCAGUCUGUGCUCUUUUUUUUUUAAAUUAUCCAAAUAUUUCAACUUUCUUUAGUCUUCAUAAAUUGUCUUAUGUCUUUAUUCCCAUAGUUUG